GGACGAAGCACGGCUCGGGGUUCCUUCCUUAUCUGGACGCACAAUCUCAAAUGCAUCACAUUUCACGAAACCUUCAGACUUACAGGCGCACCCACGUCGGAGACACAUGACAACGCUGUUGCGCUAGGCGCUGACGUUCAAUGGGAAGAAGCAUACAAUGCCGUCAACGCGAAAGAUCGGGUCGUGGUCGGGGAUGUUUCUGCCGGAGGCACCGUUGGCGCCGCAAGCGGCUGGAUAAUUCACAGUGCAUCGUCUCCGACGUUUGGACUGCGCGUGGACAAUGUGUUGCAGUUUGCGAUGAUCAGCUCAAACAGACCAGUUGCGUGCAAUUGUAAACACUCUGGCUCGAACGGGACAAACUUCGUCGCUAACCUCUUCUUCGCUCUCAGAGGCGGAGGCGGGGGCACGUAUGGCGUCAUCAUCUCGGUCACCGUACCAGAGACAUGA